GGAGAAACAUGAGCACAGGGGUUUAGGUCGACCAACUAGUUGUUAAGGAUAGAAACACCUUAACCAGACAUUUAUAACAUUUUCGCUACAAUUUUCUUCUCUUUACCAAUGAUUUGACUCCAAGAAUCAACAAGCAAGUUCAAGCACCAACCAGAUUAUAGCUUUCUGAAGCAAGAUUCUUAACAAACCAGAGUCUUUAUUUGAUAGCUUUUCCACUUUAUUUUUCACUAAAUAAGAAAUAAAAAGUUUUAUUUUCUUUCUUUCUUCUGUGAGAGUGAGAGAAUGAUAUGGGUCUUUCACGUGUGGCACUAAAAUGAGAUGAUGAAUUCAAAUUAUAUAUCACUAUAAGAAAAGAAAAGGCGUAAACAAAAUCUUUCACAUUUUAUAAUUUUUGGGAUCAUCAUUUUCAUUUUCAUUUUAAAAAAAUUUCUGUCUAAGUUUUGGUUUGUCUUCUUCAACAAAGUAGUAGUUGAUAUCCAGGUGAUUUUCCUAAUCUAUCUUUAUUUCUCUUUCAACUCCUUUUUUUUGGUGUUCUCUGGAUUAUGCUUACAUCUCCAUUAUUGCAUGCAUAGUCAUCACAAGAUGAUCAAAUUUUACAUCAUUUUUAGUUAUACUCAGCACCCUGCCCUGUUUCAAUUAUUUUUCUAAUCUGCCAUUAAUUUCAGUCAUUUCUUCUAUUACAAAGUUCUUGUAACAAGAUGAAAUUUUGUAAAGGAUCUGUUUUGAUGAAUGAUGAAAAACUUAGGUUUGUGUCUGAUCUGAAGCUUUCAGACUGCUGCUUCUAUGACCUGAUCACAGGACAAAGGACUAUGGAACUCAACUGAUCCAAGAAACACACUGAAUUGCUACAUUUUCGAUGGAGAAUUAUCAGGAAGCUAGGUUUCCUCCCGGAAACGCAAUGAUCCACAUGAACCCUACAGUUUCUUACUCCGAGGAAGUAGCCGGUAGAGAAAGCACUGAAGCUAACAAUGUCUCAGCCUCACAAGAGAGGCAAGUAUAUUCAAGAUUUGGUGGAGUUUCACAAAUGCAGGACAUUCAAGAUUUCGGUUCUUGGAGAGAUCAAGCGAGUGACAGGAGCGGUUUCCACCUGAUGAGCCCUAUUGCAGUCCCUACAGGAGUUCAUCAGACUGGUCAGGGAUUGUCCCUUAGCCUCGGUUCACAGAUUCUCCCUGCUAUUCACCAAAUGAACCAUCAGAGAAUGGUGCCAAGAGAGGAGCAUUGUAGAGGCAAUGAGUAUGCAACACAGAGCUUUCCGAAUGUGGAUGUUGUGAGAACAAUUCCAAACUCAAAGUAUCUCAAGGCAGCUCAACAGCUUCUAGAUGAAGCUGUUAAUGUAAAGAAAUCUUUGAAGCAGUUUCAGCCAGAGGGAGAUAAGAACAAAGAAAACCCUCAAGAACCGGAUCAAAACCCUCAAGACUCAAGCACGAAUCCUCCCGCUGAGAUCUCUCAAUCAGAGAAACAAGAAAUGCAUAACAAGUUGACAAAACUCUUGUCAAUGUUGGAUGAGGUGGAUAGAAGAUAUAAGCAAUAUUACCAGCAGAUGCAGAUAGUUGUAUCCUCCUUCGAUGUGAUAGCAGGUUAUGGAGCCGCUAAGCCAUACACAGCACUCGCUCUUCAAACCAUUUCACGCCAUUUCCGAAGCCUAAGAGAUGCAAUAUCAGGACAAAUCAUUGUGACACGAAAAUGCCUUGGGGAACAAGAUGGUUCAGAUGGGAAAGGAGUUGGGGUCAUAAGCCGGCUUAAGUACGUUGAUCAACAUUUAAGACAACAAAGAGGUUUCAUGCAACCUCAGGCUUGGAGGCCUCAACGUGGUCUACCUGAAAACUCUGUUUUGAUUCUCCGUGCUUGGCUCUUUGAACAUUUUCUUCACCCUUACCCGAAGGAUUCUGACAAGAUCAUGCUAGCAAGACAAACAGGGUUGAGCCGGGGUCAGGUCUCAAACUGGUUUAUAAAUGCGCGUGUGCGUUUAUGGAAGCCAAUGGUGGAAGAAAUAUAUAAGGAGGAAUUCACAGAGAAUGAUUCCAACUCGUCCUCUGAAAAUACACCAAAAAUGUCUGAGGUACGUCCUAUUGUUGCUGAUGAUGAAGAUCCAGCUCAAGAGUUUCCACAAGACCGGACAAAACCGGAUCAUGAACAUGGUUAUGGUGUGGAAACUUGUGGCAUCGUCCAGGGCGGUCAUCAAAUGGAUGGUGGGAGGUUUAUGACGGUUGAGCCUUCAUAUCAUGUGGCUGAGAUUUCAAGAUUUGGUGGUGGUGGUGUGUCUUUAACUCUAGGACUUCAAAAUUCUCAAGGGCGUGAAAAUGUUGUAGCUAUGUCUAGUGAGGCGUACAACAGCUUUCCAGGGGUUGGUAUUUAUGGAAAUGUCAUCCCUGGAGCUGAGAUGGAGUAUGUAAACCCUGAGAGUCGCCAGAACCGGAUAACUUCUUCACAGUUGGUACAUGAUUUUGUAGCUUGAAGAAUAAAGCAACGGAGAGGAAUAAAGAGGAGUAUGUGUGCAUGCGUGAAUGUUAUGAUCAGACUCAAUUCUCUAGUGGAAGAUUUGGUCAGAGAAAAAAAUAUUCAGAAAUAAUUGUAUAAAGAAAACAUUCUUUUGUGUAAGAAAAUGUACAACAAUCACAAUCAUGAGUUUUGAAUUUGAACUUAGUGGAAGCUUUAAAAAAACAGUUGAAAAUA